CCUUUACCAUCCAAAAUGCAUACCCACAAGUCGUCUCUCCUCUCCUACACCUCCCAAUGGGCCACAUUUGUUCCAUCUCCGGCGACAUUUCUCGCCUCUCGCUCCCACCGGCCGACCAAGAUCUCGGCCGUGGCAACCCCGGUGAGGCCGGCUUUAAAACAUCAGAACAAAAUCCACUCUAUGGCCCCGGAGAAAAUAGAGAUUUUCAAAUCUUUAGACGGAUGGGCCAAUGACCAACUCUUGCCUCUUCUCAAACCCGUUGAUCAGUCUUGGCAACCCGCUUCUUUCUUACCCGACCCGGCCUUACCCUUCUCCGACUUCACCGAUCAGGUGCGUGAGCUAAGGGAGAGAACGGCCUCAUUGCCCGACGAGUACUUUGUGGUCUUGGUCGGAGAUAUGAUCACAGAGGAUGCAUUACCUACUUACCAAACCAUGAUCAACACACUUGAUGGUGUUAGAGACGAGACUGGUGCAAGUGAGAGCGCGUGGGCUAAGUGGACACGUGCGUGGACGGCUGAGGAGAACCGUCAUGGUGAUUUGUUGCGGACUUACUUGUAUUUAUCUGGUCGUGUCGAUAUGCUUAUGGUCGAACGUACCGUUCAGUAUCUCAUCGGCUCGGGCAUGGAUCCAGGAACAGAGAACAACCCAUACCUAGGCUUCGUGUACACAUCAUUCCAAGAACGAGCCACCUUCGUAUCUCAUGGCAACACAGCACGGCUCGCUAAGGCUGCUGGAGAUCCCGUCCUCGCGCGAAUCUGCGGUACCAUUGCAGCGGACGAGAAGCGUCACGAGAGAGCCUACGCAAGCAUAGUCGAGAAACUCCUUGAGAUAGACCCUAAUGGUGCAGUUACUUCCAUAGCCGACAUGAUGCGGAAGAAGAUCACAAUGCCGGCUCAUCUAAUGACAGACGGCCGAGACCCGAUGCUCUUCGAACAUUUCUCGGCCGUGGCUCAACGGCUAGGCGUUUAUACGGCCGAUGAUUAUGCUGACAUCUUGGAGUUUUUGGUUGGACGGUGGAGAUUGGAGAAGUUAGAAGGAUUGACGGCUGAGGGUCAACGUGCACAGGAGUUUGUGUGUGGUUUAGCUCAGAGGAUUAGAAGGCUACAAGAGCGUGCUGAUGAGAGAGCUAAGAAGGUUAAGAAGAGCCAUGAGGUUAGCUUUAGUUGGAUCUUUGAUAAGCAGGUUAGUGUGUAAACUCUUGAAAAUACUAUAAAACUCUUUGUAAUGCAUAACUUUGUUAGGCAAGUUUUAGUCAAGUUUCUACUUCUGUAAGGUGUUUGUGUAAUUUGAAUGGUUCGAAAAAAAUGUUCAAUUCGGACA